CAAAAUGGCGGAACCCAUACAGAGCGCAAUGUUUUGAUACGCGUUAACUGCUGCAUUAAGUCAACCCGUGGACGUGGACGCGUUGUCUUCUCCGCGACACCGGCUGCUAAUCGCGAACAAAUCGCGUGUCCUGUCACGUCCACAGUGGGUGCAGUGAAAACGCCGCACGGCGUCUGUGACGAAACAACGUGCCGCUGCAACAGCCGUCAAAGAGAAGCCAUCCUUUCUUUUACACGUAACGUGUUUCACGGUACUUGACAGGACACGUUAAAGCUCUCCUGCAUGGGAAGUUAGCAGCAGCAACAGCUCGGCUGUGAAGAGCGAACAGACCUGCAGCAGCGGUACAGCAUGUUCUAACUGACUGUGAAUACAUAACCAGGAACGAAGAUGAACAGGAAGAAGGAUAAAGGAUUCGAGAGCCCGCGCCCUUUCAAAUUGACCCACCAGGUGGUGUGCAUCAACAACGUCAACUUCCAGAGGAAGUCUGUCAUUGGCUUUGUUGAGCUGACCAUUUUCCCCACAGUGGUGAACCUGAACAGGAUCAAGCUUAACAGCAAACAGUGUCGCAUUUACAGGGUUCGAGUCAAUGAACUCGAAGCCCCAUUCAUUUACAAUGACCCCACACUGGAGGUUUGCCACAAUGAGUCGAAACAGAGGAACCUCAACUAUUUCUCUAGUGCCUAUGCAGCAGCAGUGAGUGCUGUGGACCCUGAUGCAGGACAUGGAGAGCUGAUCAUCAAAGUUCCUUCUGAACUUUGGAAACAAGGGGAUGAUUUAAAAGUUCUAAAGGUUUACAUAGAAUUUUCCCUGGACCAGCCGAAAGGGGGUCUCCACUUUGUUGUUCCUGAUGUGGAGGGCAGCAUGGCAGAGAGAGGAGCUCAUGUGUUUUCCUUUGGAUACCAGAACUCCACCAGAUUCUGGUUCCCCUGCGUGGAUUCUUACUCCGAGCUCUGUACGUGGAAGCUUGAGUUCACCGUCGAUGCUUCCAUGGUGGCAGUGUCCUGUGGUGAUCUCGUGGAGACCAUCUAUACUCAUGACAUGAGGAAGAAGACUUUCCACUAUGUCCUCCCCAUUCCCACUGCAGCCCCUAACAUCUCACUGUCUGUGGGUCCCUUUGAAAUCCUUGUGGACCCCUACAUGCAUGAGGUGACCCACUUCUGUCUGCCCCAGCUCUUACCGCUGCUCAAACACACAAUGUCUUACCUGCAUGAGAUUUUUGAGUUCUAUGAAGAGAUCCUGACAUGCCGCUACCCUUACUCCUGCUUCAAGACUGUGUUUGUAGACGAAGCCUAUGUAGAAGUAUCCUCCUAUGCUUCUAUGAGCAUCUUUAGCACCAACCUGCUUCACAGUGCUAUGAUCAUAGACCAGACACCACAGACUCGUCGCUGUUUGGCUCAGGCCUUGGCUCAGCAGUUCUUUGGCUGUUUCAUCUCCAGGAUGACAUGGGCUGAUGAGUGGGUGUUGAAGGGGAUCUCGGGUUACAUCUAUGGCCUCUACCUGAAGAAAACCUUUGGCGUCAAUGAGUAUCGGCACUGGAUAAAAGAGGAGCUGGAUACGAUUGUGGACUAUGAGCUGAAGAUGGGAGGCGUUCUCCUGCACCCAAUCUUCAGUGGAGUCAAAGAAAAAGACAAUCCAACCCCCCAUCUUCACUUCUCAGUCAAGCACCCACACACGUUGUCCUGGGAGUACUACAAGAUGUUCCAGUGCAAGGCCCACCUGGUGAUGAGGUUGAUCGAGAACAGGAUCAGCAUGGAGUUCAUGUUGCAGGUUUUCAACAAGCUCUUGAGUUUGGCCAGUACAGCGUCAUCGCAGAAAUAUCAGAGUCACAUGUGGAGUCAGAUGCUCGUGUCUACUCACGCUUUCCUCAAAUCCAUCUCCAAUGUGUCUGGCAAAGACAUUGGCCCGGUCAUCAAGCAAUGGGUAGACCAGAGUGCGGUGGUGAAGUUCUUUGGAAGUUUUGCCUUCAACAGGAAGAGGAACGUGCUGGAGCUGGAGAUCCGUCAGGACUAUACAUCAUCUGGAACUCAGAAAUAUGUGGGUCCUAUCAAGGUGACUGUGCAGGAGCUGGACGGGUCCUUUAACCACACACUGCAGAUAGAGGAAAACAGCCUCAAACACGACAUUCCCUGCCAUUCCAAGAGCAGACGAAACAAGAAAAAGAAGAUCCCUCUGAUGAAUGGAGAGGAGGUUGACAUGGACUUGUCUGCCAUGGAUGCUGACUCUCCCCUGCUCUGGAUCCGGAUCGACCCGGACAUGUCCAUUCUGAGGAAGGUGGAGUUUGAGCAGGCUGAUUUCAUGUGGCAGUAUCAACUGCGCUAUGAGAGGGAUGUCGUUGCACAGGAGGAGUCCAUCUCAGCACUGGAAAAGUUUCCAACGCCAGCCUCCAGACUGGCUUUGACUGACAUCCUGGAGCAAGAACAGUGUUUCUACAAAGUCCGCAUGCAGGCCUGCUUCUGUUUAUCCAGGAUAGCAAAUUCGAUGGUGAGCACGUGGCAGGGCCCACCAGCCAUGAAGUCACUGUUUACCCGAAUGUUCUGCUGUAAGAGCUGCCCCAACAUUGUCAAGACGAACAACUUCAUCAACUUCCAGAGCUACUUUCUACAAAAGACGAUGCCGGUUGCCAUGGCGUUACUCAGAGAUGUCCAGAACCUCUGUCCCAAAGAUGUCCUCAACUUUAUACUUGACCUCAUCAAGUAUAAUGACAACAGAAAAAACAAAUUUUCAGAUAACUAUUAUCGUGCGGAUCUGAUCGAAGCGCUGACCAACUCCCUGACCCCGGCCAUCAGCAUCAACAACGAGGUGCGCACAGUGGACAAUUUAAAUGCUGACGUCCGUCUCAUCUUAGAGGAGAUCACCCGAUAUCUCAACAUGGAGAAACUGCUGCCAAGCUUCAGGAACACCAUCACUGUUAGUUGCCUGAAAGCUAUUCGUCACCUCCAGAAGAACGGUCAUAUUCCCAGUGACCCAUCACUGUUCAAGUCCUACGCCGAGUACGGACACUUUGUAGACGUUCGCGUUGCUGCUCUGGAAGCGCUGGUGGACUACACAAGAGUGGAGAGAAGUGCAACAGAGCUGCAGUGGCUGCUCAUGAUGGUCCAGGAAGACCCGUCUCAUUAUGUCAGACACAGUAUCCUGGGCUUGCUGAGUAAGAAUCCGCCUUUCACAAAAACAUCAGACUCUGGGCUGUGUAAUGAAGCACUGGUUGACCAACUGUGGAAGCUCAUGAACUCAGGCACGUCACACGAUUGGCGGCUCCGCUGCGAUGCAGUAAACCUCUACUACACCUUGUUUGGUCUGACCCGUCCAUCGUGCCUGCCACUGCCAGAACUGGGCCUUGUGCUUAACCUGAAGGAGAAGAAGGCUGUGCUUAACCCAACCAUCAAGCCUGAGUCCGGAAUCAGUGCUGGUAUGGACACUGCUGCCAGUAUAGGUAUCCAUGGUGUCGGCAUGAGCUACACAGCCGUGGAUGAAGAGCCAGACCCUGUUUCAUUGGGGGUGUGUGGUGUGGGUCAGCCACCUCAGGGUUUGAAGAGGAGGGCUGAGACUCCGCUGGGCUCCCCUCCUGAACCAGGACAGAUACUGCAGCAACAGGAGGAGGAGAACAGAGGACCAGGGCGCUACAAGAUCAGGGUAAAGUUUAACACCAUGGAAGAGGAAGAUAUUGACAUGGAGACUGUUCAUGAUAGUCAGGCCUUCAUUCACCAGCAUCUCAACUUGUUAGAGAGACCGUCUACACCAGGUAAAGAGCCACUGUCCGUGGAACAGUCCAUACUCUCCAUGCCCGCCACGCCAGUGCCUACGUUCACAAAAGAGCCCACCUCGUCGUCCUCGAAGCACGGCGGUGAGCACGGCCACCACCAUCACCACCACCACCACGAGCACAAGAAGAAGAAGAAAAAGCACAAGCACAAACACAAGCACAAGCACAAGCACGAAAGCAAGGACAAGGAAAAGGAGCGGGACAACUUGCACACGUACAGCAACAGCCCGGCCAGCGGCAGGUCCCUGCGCUCGCCGUCCAUGUCCGACUGAGCGCUCGCGGUUAACUGGAUAACAGCCAGUUUGGAGUCAGAAGCCUGGAUCCCUGUGAGGACAGUGACACAAAAUGGGAACUGAAUGCGUUCAGAUGUUAUUGGAAAAUGGAAAGUCUGAAUUCCUCAGCAGAUACAUUUGUGUAUGUGAAAUAUCAGGAAGAAGUCUCAUCAUGAACACUCACAAUGCUACGUUUGAAAAAAAAAACCCAUCACAACUGCUGCAGCUGUGCCUACUUGUAGCACUCUGAGGAAUGAUCUUAAAAUGUUUCCCGUACACGUCAUCAUUUGAAGAAACCUCUUCAUAAACGAAAUGACUAAUCACUGCAGUUUAUGUCAGCCCUGUGCGUGGCGCUGCAAUACUGCCAUGGACAAACACCAAAAAUGAAGACGCAUAAAGCUUGUGAGCUGCGUAAAGCUAUGACCUGACAUCAUUUUUACAAAACUACAAAAUAAUGUUUUAGGAUUCUCAAAACGCCGGCCUUGUGUGGAUAAAAAAAAUACUAAACUUUUUUUUGGGCAAUCUCCUAAAUUGAUUCCCAUGUUUACAGGCCCCCUUUUUGUCAGUAAGGAGGGAAAAACCUUUUUGAAUGAUGAUGAUGCAGUUACACGCGUCCUCUCCUGCUUGUCUCCAAAAGACCCGUUGACACGUCACACCUCGAUAUCAGAAAUCUCUGCUGUUACUCACUACUAUAUUGCGGAGUACAAAAACAUGCCUCAUUAUCUUGUGGCAGAUUUUUCUCUUUUUUUUAAGGUCCAGUGUGUGAGAUUUAGGAGGGGUUUAUUGAAAGAAAUUGAAAAUAUGACCCAUAAGUACAUUCGUUCAAGUGUAUAAUCGCUUUAAAAUAGAGAAAAGGGUAAUGGAGUGUUCCAUUUAUGUCGGAAUUCAGAGUUCCAGUUGAGAAUUCAGUGAUUUUGCUAUUGUUGCGAGUGGCAGCCAUCUUACAAUCCUAUGUCAGGGUUUGUGGACCACAACCACAACCUUUGUGUUCUUAAGGCAAGGGCCUUGCCUUACGCAGGCGGCCAUUUUGUGCUUUUUGAAGCACGUGUGACAUCUUUUCUUAUAUACAAAGGUCACCGUAUUACCCUGACUGGAAGGAAGAGGAGAGUGCAGGGGUCUCACCAUCAGCUGAGCUCUAAAUUUUACACACUGGCCCUUUUAAAAAUGCUACUUAACAAAGAAAACAAAGUGGUGUGGAUUUUGCCUCAGUGUCAGGCCACACUCUCGCUCACACACACACACACACACACACACACACACACACACACACACACACUUUCUUUGGACUUUUAACGCUGCCUCCAAACCGUCUUGGGCAUGCAAACCACACACACACACACACCCCUUUUCCAUCCAAGAGUUGGAUAAAUAAAUAAAUGAAGUCUUCUUCACCUCACACUCGCCGCCGCUCCCCCGCUGCACAGACACCACUCUGGUGCGCCUCAUCCCCACAAAUCAACCCCGGCUUUCAGUGCGUGGCUUCUGAGGGGAAACCAGAUAGUUAGUGAGUGUGGAUUUAACCGUCCGUCCUGCCUGGGCUGGACAUUUCCCCAUCUCCUCACAGAUGAUGAACCUUAAUCAGGAUUUUUACUAUAUAUUUUUUUUUUUUUUUACUGGACUGUACAAUUAAAAUCAAGUAAUACUAGUUUGUUUUAUUUUUAAAUACUUUUUUAUUUCCUGUCAUUAUUGAUAAAAAAUGCUUUUGUAUCCGCAAAUGUUUAGAUUAGAUCAAGUCCACCUCCACAAAGGCAGUCGCGCCAGGUUUACUCUGGCUCUGUUACCUGGGGCUGAUUAGGCGGUUUUUGGAACGAUGGAAAAUGUGCAUACUUCAGUUUUCAACAAUCAGAUGAUGUUGAAACUGUUAUUCAUGUGGUUAAACAUGUUUGUUUUUUUGAUACAAUCUGCCUUCCACUUUCAACAUGUGUUCCCUAAAUAAGACAAAACCCAUAGUUUUGGUAAAUCCCAGUCAGCAUUUCAUCCCAUUAGGUCCACGUUAUUGAUUAUAGACUGAAAGCCUUGAGACAAUGUUGGUUACAGUCGAUGCAAAGUGGAAAUGACAGAAAUAACCGAUUGAGGCUUCACUUAGCAAAACCAGACUUCAUAUUUUCCUACAUUGUAAUUUGUUUUUAAAACAAGUUUAAUAAAAUUAUCCCUUUUUUAUAUGUAUAUAUAUAUAUAUAUUUGUUUUCAUUCUCUUGUUUGCCUUUGCUGUGGAUUUGCUGAUCUCAGCAUUGGUGUCCAGUGUCGUUGCUACACACGGGCAUAGAGUUGUAAUAGGAAGGAUGUUUUGUUUUAAAUACUUUUUGUCCACCUUAUUCCCUUGAGGCGCCACUGGAGACACAGUUAGGCGUGGAACUUCCGGAGCCGAAGCGGAAGGAGCGGUGCUGUUCCUGAAGGAUGGUGCUGUUGCUGUAAUGCAUGAGUAUCCUGCAGUUUCAACAAAGUGCAAAAAGAUAAUUCCUUUUGAGUUUUCUUCUUAGUUGGUCAGAAAACAACUAAGUAGUUCAGAUAAAAAAGAAUGAAUGCCCUAAUCACUGCACUCUGAAGUCUUUUGUUAAAAUGUCUGUCUGUCUGGAUAGGAUCCAUUGUGCCCCA